GUAGAGAACAAACGCCAGCAUCUAUAAAUGUGAUGGUAACAGCGUCAAAUUAUAACUGGAGAGCAGAAAGUGAGUUUUGCAUUCAUAGAAACCUGUUGAAUCCAGUCUACUGGACCUCAGUGCCCAGCAGUGUCUGUGUGUGAACCGUGAGCACUAGAGGCCUCAUUCAAAGCGCUCAGAUAACAGCUCUCUCUGUGGCAUCAUCGUCUUUCAGCAGCACACAACAGCUCCUGCUUUCAGACGGCCUCUCAUGACGGACCAGCACCACGCAGUACUGACUUGAUGUUGAUUCACCCUCCGCUCUGUUGCAGCGGCCCACCAUGCAACAGGAGCUGGGGCUCCACGCUGGACGCACAGGAAAUGCAGUCAAAGCUGAACCAUCUCCCGGUGACUUCAGCCCCGUAAAAGCCUCUCAGACUCAUAACAAACUUCACAAGGAACUACUACUAGCUCACAAGAAGGGUCUGGUGCUGAGCAGCAGGUCGGAGCUCCAGCAGGUUCUGGAGAGGAGGAAACGAGUCCAGAGCAACCAGGAUGAGGGAGAGCUGAGCAGAACUCCUCUGGAGGACAUGCUGCUCAAACGACAGCAGAAACAACUCCAGAAAGAGAAGGAGGAAGACGAGGCGACGCGUGGAGAAGCCCAGCUGUUGGAGUUCUUCCGGGUCCGACAGAACCUUCGGAAGAUCCAAUCAAACGUCUCCAACAAAGUUGCUAACUCGGCUCUGGAGUCAUGAAGCAAACAGACAUUUGCAAGCAGAGAUGCUCCACGUUUGAAGCUACGUGAUCAAAUCAAACAUUUUUAUUGGUUUUGUUUGUCUGUCUUGUUACUGUGAACGCGUUUA